CUCAGUACGGUUUGGAGCAUUGCAGGAGGUAGGUCCCUUUCUAGUGCAAAAGGAGGUCCCAAAUCUAAGGUUAAAUCGCCAUUCUUGGAAUAAAGAAGCCAAUAUGUUGUUCUUGGAAUCUCCUGUGGGCAUGGCGUGGGGUUUUCUUAUACCAACACGGAGUCGGAUCUAGAGACUAUGGGAGACAAUGUAACGGGACACUAUAUCCCACAGCUAGCGGAAUACAUUAUUGACCACAAUAAAAAGGCCAAGAAAGAGAAUAUUAUAAAUCUCAAGGGCUUAAUGCUGCCCAGGAAUUCAACUCCUGCAAGAUAUGACCCCUGCCGGGCCUUCUCCAUUGAAGCAUAUUUGAAUUGAAGGGAUGUGCAACAAGCUCUACAUGCAAAUACAACCAACUUACCGUACCAUUGGACAUCAUGCCGUUGCAAUAAACAAUGUGCCCUUCAUUUCCUCCAAGAAUACUGCCCUAAAUGUAAAAGGAGACUUGAAAAGGGCAAUUUGCUUCAUGUCAUGGUCAAAGCCAGGGCCUGGAUGUUCCUCAAUAGGGUUUGGAGAAGCACAAGAGCUAGGUCCUUUUCUAGUACAAAAGGGGAAGGCAGAGCUCACAUUUAAUCACCAUGCUUGGAAUAAAGAAGCCAAUUUGUUGCUCUUGGAAUCACCUGUGGGUGUUGGGUUUUCGUAUACUAACACAUCAUCAGAUAUUCAAACCAUGGGAGAUAAAGUAGUAGCACAAGAUUCCUACGAGUUUCUGAUCCAAUGGUUCCGGAGGUUCCCCCAAUACAAAUCCCACGAUUUUUACAACGGGGAAAGUUAUGCAGGACACUACGCCCCACAGCUUGCUGAAUACAUCUUUGACCACAACAAGAUGGCCAAGAAGGAGAAUAUUAUUAACCUUAAGGGUUUUAUGAUAGGCAACGCCCUCAUGGAUGAUGAAACUGAUCAGAAGGGAAUGAUCGAUUACGCGUGGGAUCAUGCCGUGAUAUCAGAUAAAUUAUACGACGAUAUUAAGACUAACUGCAAUUUUAGUGAAGCCAAUCAAACAGACCACAUACAAGAAUGCAUCGAGGGCAUGGAGGAAUACUACAAUGUGUAUAAUAUCAUCGAUAUGUACAGUUUGUAUACCCCACAUUGCAUCGAAGGAAAUUCAACAACUAGGCAAUUGCCUAAAUUGGAGGGGGUAGCACCCAAAUUCUUCUCCCAAUUUCUGGCUUGGCAUAAAAUGCCUGCAGGAUACGACCCUUGCAUGUCCAAUUAUGCAGAGGCAUAUUUUAACAGGCAAGAUGUUCAGGAAGCUCUUCAUGCAAAUAAGACUAAAAUUCCAUAUCCAUGGCGUACUUGCAGUGAGCAAUUCAAUGGGACGUGGACUGAUGCACCACAUUCUAUGCUCCCAACCAUUCGGAAGCUCAUCAAUAGUGGUCUUCGUGUUUGGGUUUACAGUGGAGAUACAGAUGGAAGAAUCCCAGUAACAUCAACAAGGUAUACACUGAGAAAGCUGGGGCUAAACAUUACAGUUGAUUGGGCUCCAUGGUACAGUGAUAAACAGGUAGGUGGGUGGACAGUGAUAUACGAUGGACUAAUGUUCGUAACUGUGAGGGGGGCCGGCCACCAGGUUCCCACCUUUAAACCGAGGAAUGCUCGCAUGCUUCUCAAAUAUUUCUUGGCCAAUAAGCAGCUACCAACGGCCCCUUUUACCUAGCCAACCACCACCCUACACCGC